AUGGAUUCUCACGCCACCGAGCAAGCCUCUGGCCGCACAACCCCACCACCCACCAUCCCGAUGCCCACGCAAGGAGAGCAGGUCUAUUCCUCCCACGCUUCCUUAUCAUCCAGCUUUCACGCCGCCGCACGAUCACCAAUGCCCACUACCCCGAGGAAACGGACCAUAGAUUAUAUGGUCAGCCCGAGCAGGACCACCAUGACGUCGCCAAAUAAGCAUGCCUCGGCAUAUGCGAUGCGGUCACCGAUGAGGAACAGGCAGAUGCCGAGUGCUUUUGUCCAUGAUGACGAUGACGAACCAGAAGACACAUUCUCCAACGUCCUCUCCAACGAAAUCCUCGACGCCUCGCCCACAAAACGCGGCCGGCUCCUCGCAACGCCCGCCAUCCUCCCCCGCCACCAGAACACCGCGCCCAGCCCGAACGACUCGAAAUUCACGCGAUCGCUCCUGUCGGCGGCAAGUCGCUCGGCGCUGGUCUCGACGCAGAAGGGGACGUGGGAAAUUCCGCAGAGUCCUUAUAAGAUCUUGGAUGCGCCGGAUUUGCAGGAUGACUACUAUUUGAACCUCAUCGACUGGUCGUUUACCGACAUACUGGGCGUUGGCCUCGGUUCGUGCGUCUAUCUAUGGAGUGCCGCGAGCAGCAAGGUAACAAAACUGUGCGACCUCGGUGCCAACGACACCAUCACGUCCGUCGCAUGGAUGCAAAAGGGAACGCAUCUGGCCAUUGGAACCGAUACGGGAUUGGUGCAGCUGUGGGAUAUCGAGAAGGAGAAGAAGGUCCGGGAGUUUGAGGGGCACACGAAGCGAGUUGGCACCCUCUCCUGGAACGGCGAAACCCUCUCCUCCGGCUCCCGCGACAAAUCCAUCCACCACCGGGACGCGCGCAUCAAGCGCGGCGGCCACGUAAGCAAAUCUGAGCGACAUGCAGCAGAAGUAUGCGGACUGAAAUGGGACUACGAGGGCGGGCAAUUGGCGUCGGGCGGGAAUGAUAACGCGCUGUUGAUCUGGGAUAAGCGGGAUUUAACAACGCCCGUGUGGGCGCCGGAGCAUCCGCAUUCGGCGGCUGUUAAGGCUUUGACUUGGUCGCCUCAUAAGCCCAACGUAAUAGCCUCCGGCGGGGGCACCGCGGACCGCAAGAUUAAAAUCUGGAACAUCCAAUCCCAAACCCUCACCCACCAACACGACACCAACUCCCAAGUCUGCAACCUCGCCUGGGGCAAGCAAACCGAGCACCUCAUCUCCACCCACGGCUACUCCCGCAACCAUAUCACGGUUUGGAAAACACAGUCGCACACAUUAAAGGAAGCGGCGACGUUGACGGGACAUGUGAGCCGGGUGGUGUAUUUGGCGAUGAGUCCUGAUGGGCAGAGUAUUGUGACUGGCGCCGGGGAUGAGACGUUGCGGUUUUGGAAGAUUUGUAAUUCGAGGAGGGGGAGGGUGGGGGGGUUGGAUACGAGGACUUGUAUCAUCUGAAUCCGAGGAGGCUCACAGCAUCAACACGGGCCGAUGGGAGGGGAAAGGAAACACCAUCAUCGAGUUUCGGCAAAAAAUUCAGGAGGAGGAGUCGAGUGGCAUCCAUCGUACGUGUUUGCUGGCAUCAACCCGUUGUCAGGAAAGAGAGGGGAAAAAGAGUGUCUUGUGGGGAGCGAAAAGAGCUCCCGAGGCAUUGCGGUAAACAUUUCCGACCGCAGAAGUUUUUGGAUAUCUUUAUCACAUAGAAUGCCACCUCAGAGGGCAUGCAGAGUUUUUAGUUUUGGAAGUGCGUAAAUGAUAUGAUCUCUGUUGUUCAUUAUUCGGUCCCCAGUGGCUCGAGAUCGACCGAAUCACAUCAAUCCAUCAUCUCACAUCAAAAUCAAAGUCAUGCAAAUCACACCAAAAUCACAUGUCCGGG